AUGCUGGAACGAGCUGUAGGAUGUCUCGAGUUUGCCGGCCAAGGCGUGCUGCACAAAUACGGAGGCGUUCUUCGCAGCCAAAGAACUCUCGACCCUACUUUCUGGCAGUACCAAUUCUCUGAUGCCGACUCGAGCCUUUGGCAAACUGGAUAUCAUCAUGAGCCCAAUUCCGGUCGACCGACCCCUAUCUCCACUCAAUCUUCGACCGACGUAUUCCUCGACUUCCUCUACCCUCAGAAAUGUCUUAUUAGCGCCGCCGUAUGGGCUUCGAAGACGAAAGGGGGAAACGCCAAUAUUCAUAAAAGACGCCGGGCUUCCAAAUUCAUGAGGAGUUACUCUCAAGCGUCUCGCUCUCGCAGCCGGCCUGCAGUCCAUGUACCGUCCCAAACCAGCAUCCCACGACUUUCGAGACGAACACAUGCCUCCGCAGCUCCAUAUAAUUCACCUGAUACUGAAGACAUUAAUGCCAGCUUGGUUUCACGGACCAAGUUACAUCGAGAUUACGACCGGGCAUGGAUUUUAUGGGAACAAGGCGAUAUGGAUCCGAAGUCAAGAUUUCGUCUCAUGGUCUGGUAUUCUAUGUCGGACAGGGCCUUCGAUAUCGAGCGAGCCAUCAGCCUGCUUGAAGGAAUUGAUCCUGAUAAACGCGUCGCGAAGGACUAUGAAAUUAUGAUCCGGCCUUUACUUAAAGCAGGUCAUCUUUCUGCCGUUGAACGUUUAUGUGAAGACGCUGUCGUAAAGGGCCUUGAAUUAGAUGUGUGGUCUCUGGCCACUAAGAUCGCUAUUCAAUCCUCAAAAUGGCCAGAGUUGUCAUACAUUUGGAACAGAAAGCAUGAGGAUCUAAUUAACGUAUUGUCGUCUAUCUUAGCUUCGGUCAAGGGGCUGCCUCAUCAUCUCGACUCUUUCCUUGAAUAUCUCGAGAAUAGUUCGGCAACCUCUACUGAUGUACAACUCGCUUCAGAUGCGCUCGAUUUUGUGUUCAAGUCCGAUGAAAAUAUGCGUGAUAUGAUUGCUGAGACUGCACUGUCUCUGACUCGGAGAUCGGCCAUUUUGGGUUUCCUUCAACAAAGUCACUACGACGCCGCCUUUCAGACUUUGCUCAGGAUUGGAACGCGUACGAGCAGAGUACUAACGAUGGUUCUUUAUCGGAAUUUUCGGUGGCAUUUGAGUACAGCCAGGCCAUCCAAAAAGCUCCUUCAACAACUGCUGGAAAUGUUGGCCGAUAUGAGGACCCAUUAUGGUGUUCAGUUUCUCCUUGAUGAGUUUGCACAUUUUUUCAAACAGCCGUCGAUAGGAGCAUGCAAUGCCGCGCUCCUCGCCUUCUCUCGAUCAGGUGACGUCUCAAAAACACAAGAAACAUUCAACAAGAUAGUAGAGCUAUAUGGGACCUCCACAAAAAACCCCAAAGUUAACCACAAAACGCCGAGGACUCCGAGAUGGGUUGCACACCUUAUCUAUGCUCAUGCAAUGAUGGCUGAUUAUGAAUCAGCGGAACGCGAGUUCAAUAGAAUCGCACGCAUUUACAAAGUAGACCAAAGUCGAUAUUGCUGGAAUGCUCUCAUUUUAGCUCACGUCAACGCUCGCAAUACAUCUGGGGCUUUUGAAGUGUGGCGUCGGAUGCACCGUGGGGGCUUUAAACCAGACUGGUACACAUAUGGUACUUUGAUGGGCCUGUGUGCCAGAUUGGGUGAUGUGGAAAAUACCAUUGCGCUAUAUCAGAUGGCGGAGAAAAAAGAAGGCAAAAUGCAUGCACCUUUGAUGGAUGCGGUAGUCGAAGUUUAUUGCCGAAAUCAGCGUUUUCAGGAAGCCGAAGAGUUGGCAGAAAGGUGUCUCGCUACAUCUCUGUCUGGUUCGCGCACUCGAAUGUGGAAUGUCCUGCUUUGGUCGCACGCCUUUCGAGCAGAUAUCGACUCGGUCUCUCGACUUCAAACUCGUAUGAAAGAAACAGGGAUAGAGUUUGAUGAGAUGACAUAUGCUGCUAUAAUGCUCUGUUUUGUCAUGAUCGGACAACCCCAUUCAGCUCGGCGCCUUCUUCGAGGCCUACAGCGAGGCCGAAAAAUUCAGGCCACUGAAUUCCAUUAUACCUUAGUACUUUAUGGCUACGUUCGACAAGACGACCGGGAUAUGAUUUAUCUCAUCAAGAAGGAAAUAGAGCAGAGAUUCAAAAACCCCGGCCUGAGCGCUCGCGCUCUUAUAUUGAGGUCCACUCUUCAGAGGGACGCUUUCGUGCUCUCAUCUACGGGAGACGGUCAAGAAUCUGAGUAUCGUCUAGCAAUGUCCGAGGAUCUUCUGUUCAAUGCAUUGAUUAAUUUCGAUCGGCGACAAUUCGGCAACAAGUACCCUCGCCCUGGAACUGGCAGCUUACCCGUGCACGAGGCGUUCCCUUCGGUGCUCUAUGAACCAAUAUUACAAGCUUAUAGUGCGGAAGGAAUGCAUGAUCGGACAGAAGAGUUGGUUAGAGAGUAUUCAAAGACUGUUGAAACCGCCCUAGCUUCAGACGAGCGCACUUUCAUUCCCUCUUUACGCUUCCUGGCCGUGUUGAUGGAAGUGUAUUCACAGGCUGGAAAAUUGGAGACAGUCCAGAAGUGUUGGGAACUGGCAUUGAAAAGAGCAGGGAAAAUGUUGAAAAGAGAGAGUGUUGUAGCAGACAUCAAUGCGGGCAAUCUGCCAAUACCCAAGGGCAACGUCUCUCUACCUAAGAGUCCAUCUCAGUUAGCUUCAAACAGCAAACCCCAAUCAGCUUCUUAUGAUGGGAAGGAGUUUUCGGAUCAGCCAACAAGCAGUUCAGAAGCCCCAGCGUCCAAGUUUGCCAGCAAGCGUGACAAAGAUCCCGUAUAUCCAGCAGAGGAAGAUAUUAUCCCAUCGCAACGUUUCAUAUUGUCGCGACACUUCUCCAUUUAUAUGGCAAUGGUCGGAAGAGCCGGUCAGAGUUCAAAAUUAUACGAAAUUGUUGAGGAUUUCCAGAAGCGCGGAUUUUCCAUGUCAUCUGAGAACUGGAUUGCUUACGUGAAGACACUUGCUACAGCAAACACAGCAUCUGAGCAGCUUGAGGCUUUUUCUACUUUUGAGCGCAUCUUCAUGCCUUCUUUUCCGGGCUGGCGACUGCUAGCACGUGGAUCUCAUUUGAGACCUCCAGGUGUUCCCAACACGAUUGAUCUGUUGGACAGAUUCCCAAAAGGCAAAUUCCCAGAAUUGAUGGGCAAGAAAGGGCGUCGAUUAUGGGGAAAGUUAAAUCCAACAUGGAUGCGACCCACGUACAGUGUCAUGAUUUAUCUCGCAGCAACGUUGAAAGACUUCAAUGAGAGAAGUCUUACUGAGGGAAGAGAGCAACACGAUACUCUUGCAUCAGUAGCGCCACGGACGCUGGAAGCCAUUGCAGCGAUGCCAUACCUACGCGAAAAGUAUCAAGGUGUUCUCCUCAGAAAUCGAGUCGAUCAGGGUGAUCCUAUGCCUCAGCCACGUGUAAGAUAUGCGUGGAGUGGUGGAAUUUUGGGCGUUGGUGGCAAGUCAAGGCCUCGCGAACCCCUUGAAGAGGCUGAGGCACUGUUCGAACAAUCUGAGCCUAAAUCUGAUCCGAGUGAGCUUGAAUCCGAGAUCCUCGUUGAUGAUAGCAGCGAACCCGAGGAGCACAUGGAAACGACUGACCCCAUAAUUGCGCCGGAGGACGAGCAUGAUAUCGAAACGGAAAUCCUUAUCGCAUCUAGACGCCGUGAACUGGGCAUCGAUCCUCUUCGAGAGGAGGAACGUUUAGAUAGAGACCGCAAGUGA